GUCCGCUCAGUGGGGCUCAGGCCAUGCAUGACCGACACUUAUGCACCAGACAUAAGAGUUUCAACCGCGCAGAAGUGAAACGGCAGUGCGCCACUGCAGACGUGUUUAACGGUGCGACGGUGGUUUUAAAGAAACGAAAUUUCUAUGCGCAGAAAAAGAAAAAAAAGUGUUGUGUGUGUGAAUGCAAUUGCACAGUGAGUAAGUGAAGUGAAGAAAAUAAGUUGGACGUGCGACACGGGACAUUUGCGGCUGCGCAUUGCACGAUUGAAAGCAUUUCGAUUGCUGUAAACAAAUUAACGGUUUGCUGGUUGUGGGCGCAUGCGCCAAGACAACCGCAACGUAACAAAGUGACUUGCGCAGGAGAAAGAAAUGCCUUAAACGCGCGAACGUGAUGAAAUUUUUUUGUUUGAAACGUGUGUGUAGUAAAGUGAAUUCCAAUAUCACAACAACAACAACAACGAUAUAUACAGUGAAAAUAAAUUGAAAGUAAGAAGUGCAAAGAAAGUGCGCGCACAUUGUUGAGAAGCCAGUAGCGUUUAAACGCAUGAGUGCAGUUGGAAGUUAUCGAACGCGUGCCUCUGCCUCAUAAAACACAACAACAAUAAGAAAUAUUAGUAAAAUUUUUAAAAUAAUAUAUUACACUUCCUUAACGCAAAAUAUUCAAAAUGGUGCUCGGUCUUGGGCUUGGCGCCGCCGCCGGUGUCAUAUUCAAGGCAAGCGCCGGCUCGAAAGCUGCCGUAACCGCUGGCGCUGCUGCAGUGGGUGCCUCCAAAUUGGGCUUGGCCAUUGCGGGCGCCAUCAAAAUCGCCACCACAGUAAUUGGUGUCGGGAAACUGGCCAUCCUGCCGUUUUUGAUAGCCGCCAUUGCCUACUACAAUUAUGACCUUUUCGAUCCGGAGAAUCGUCCGUUCAAUGUGCCUGAGGUCUCACUGGCCUAUGACUUUAUCAUUAUCGGCGGCGGCUCGGCGGGUUGUGUGCUAGCUUCGCGGCUUUCGGAAGUGCCGCAUUGGCGCGUUUUGUUGCUCGAAGCGGGCGGUCAGGAAACGGAGAUCUCCGAUGUGCCUCUAUUGUCGUUGUACUUGCAUAAAAGCAAAUUGGAUUGGAAGUAUCGCACACAACCGCAGAACACGGCAUGUCAAGCGAUGAAGGAUCGUCGGUGCUGUUGGACGCGUGGCAAAGUCAUUGGUGGCAGCUCCGUACUCAACACUAUGCUCUACAUACGCGGGAAUCGACGCGAUUUUGAUCAGUGGGCAUCGUUUGGUAAUCCAGGUUGGGGCUACGAAGAUAUACUGCCUUACUUCCGCAAAUCUGAGGAUCAGCGUAAUCCCUACCUAGCACGCAAUAAACGCUAUCAUGGCACAGGCGGUCUCUGGACUGUGCAAGACUCACCAUACAACACGCCACUUGGACCGGCUUUUUUGCAGGCUGGCGAGGAAAUGGGCUAUGACAUUGUGGACGUGAAUGGUGAACAGCAGACCGGUUUCGCUUUCUAUCAAUUCAAUAUGCGACGCGGUUCACGCGCCUCCACCUCUAAGAGUUUCUUACGGCCCGCGCGUUUACGCAAGAAUUUAGAUGUGGCGCUCUUCGCGCACGUCACAAAGGUGCUGACGCACCCAGAAACUAAACGCGCCAUCGGCGUGCAGUUUAUACGCGAUGGUCGCUUGCAAACUGUCUAUGCUACACGCGAGGUCAUACUAUCGGCUGGCGCGCUAAGCUCGCCGCAUUUGAUGAUGCUCUCGGGCAUCGGUCCCGCGGAUGAGCUACAACGUGUGGGCAUACCACUAGUGCAACAUCUACCCGGUGUGGGUCAGAAUUUGCAGGAUCACAUUGCGGUCGGUGGCAUUGCAUUCCUCAUUGACUAUCCGAUUUCGAUUGUCAUGAAGCGUAUGGUUAACAUCAAUACCGCCUUGCGUUAUGCCAUCACGGAAGAUGGUCCGCUCACAUCCAGCGUGGGUUUGGAGGCAGUAGCUUUCAUUAAUACCAAAUACGCCAAUGCCAGCGACGACUGGCCCGACAUGAGUUUUAUGAUGACCUCAGCCUCAGUUAUGUCUGAUGGUGGUUCGCAGGUAAAGACUGCGCAUGGCUUAUCAGAUGAAUUCUACAAAGAGGUCUUUAGCGAAGUGAACGAUCGUGAUGUUUUCGGCAUCUUUCCGAUGAUGUUGCGUCCUAAAAGUCGCGGCUUUAUAAAACUGGCAUCAAAAAAUCCGCUGCGUUACCCCUUACUCUACCACAACUACCUCACACAUCCGGACGAUGUGAAUGUGCUGCGCGAAGGCGUCAAAACCGCUGUAGCCAUGGGCGAGACACAAGCGCUGAAACGCUUUGGCGCGCGCUUCUGGAGCAAACCCUUGCCGAACUGCAAGCAUCUGCCACAAUUCACCGAUGAGUACUGGGAUUGCGCCAUACGUCAGUACACCAUGACCAUCUAUCACAUGUCGGGUACGGCAAAAAUGGGUCCACCCAGCGAUCCUUGGGCGGUGGUCGAUCCACAAUUGCGCGUGUACGGCGUGCCGGGGCUACGUGUAAUCGAUGCCAGUAUUAUGCCCACCAUCACUAACGGUAACAUACACGCGCCGGUGAUAAUGAUUGCCGAGAAGGGCGCCGACAUGAUUAAGGAGCUCUGGUUGAGCAGCACGCAGUGGCGUACGAAGCGUGCGAAGUCCGAUUUAGAGCCCAUUUGUAAUGUAACGGGAGCUGUGAAUAAUACGUUGGAACAAAGCAAUGACGCGGCCUCUUAGCGGCUUGGCUGGAAGUAACAUGCUACAUUAACUUAAGUUACACAUUUCAGGCUUCUCGCAAUACCUCUUCACCCUCAUGAGCUUCACUUCAAAAGACUAAUUGAUAAGUGUUACUUUUAAAUUAAAUUUAAAUUAAUAUAACUUAUAUUUUUAGCGUAUAAUUAUAUUUUAAUUUAAUUUUAGUAGCCACACCUUCCAGCUUCAUCGCAGUCCUGCCAAGUCUCUAAGAAUAUUUUCUAAUUAAUUUAUAUGUGUUUACAGUUAUGCAUAGAUUAUGCAAUAAGACUAAACAAAGAUUAUCUCAUAAGCCAUGUUUUGCAUUGUACAUAUCGAGUCACGGUUUCGAUAGUUUAAGUUUACUGUUAAUUUUAGUUUUUAGCCUUGACGAUUUGUUAUCUAAUAAAUAAACCAA